AUGGGUUGUGGGUCAUCAGCAAACGUGGUACCAGCUCAGGAUGGAACAGCAAACGGUCACAAGCCGGCCAACGGACAGAACGGUGUGACAAAUGGUCACACUGAUAACGAUCACGAUGACUUACCUACUGUCGUGUUACCUGAGUCACCAAUCAAACCCAAGCCUCCAAUAGCAUUCGAGAUUCCUCUAGAAGAAAUCGAUGGGAACCGUCGCGACACCAACACGCCUCCACCACACUUACAGCGGCUGCUGCAGCCGCCCCAAGCAGAAAUAAGUCUACCAGACAUAGAAGAGAAAUUAGCUGAGGCCGAACAAAGAAGAUUAACGAUACUCCAACAACGGGCGGCGUCCGCUCAGAAAAGAGCGCAGAGGAUGAUGAGAUCCAUGCACGAGAUGGACAGACUCGACUCGGAACAUGAAGCUACCGACGCCUCCAAACACAGCAUCAAUACCCUAAGAAUUCCCCCGGAGCCAGGGGUUUGUGAAGACAAGAAUAUCACAUAAAACUUUAUAAUUGAAUUUCGACUUUAUAUUAAAUAGAUUUAUAUUCAAAUUAGUACUAUAAAUAAGUUGUACAUUCGACCUUAUUCAUAAAAAACGUCCAUACCAACACAUUUUAACAAUAACUGUUGUGAUACAACAACUAGAGGGAUUCGAUGGUCCAGCAGUUUUAGCCUUUUUUCCGAUAGUUGCCAGUUCGAUUCCUCGCACUGUACAAAUAUUUGUAUUCGUGAGUUUGAUUGUUUGUAUUGGUCUUGGUGUUUGAUAUGUAUAAUCUGUAUUUACAAAAAAAUGUAUUUAAGUAUUUCUAACAAUUCUCUAGUACCCAUAACACAAGUUUUGUAUACCUUGGGACUAGAUGGCACUGUGGAAAUUGUCCUAGGUUAUUAUUAUAUAAUUACUGUUUACAUGAAAAAUAUGUGAUAGAAAAGAUCAUAUCAGUUCAAUAUCUAAAAUAGUUUUAUUACAAUUAUUUCAAAAUGAAAUGAAUCUGCAUUUUUCUAAUAAUGUACAAGCUCAUUUGAAAAGAAUAAGAGCUGAGUUUCUUGACAAUUCUUUUUAGCUUGAAAGCAGACAGAACUGGUGGUAGAUUUGACAUAUCGUCAGAGUUUGUAAUGGACCUACUAUACUAUACUGCUAUAUUUUGAAAAUUGAUUGAUUAAAUUUGAAAUAGUUUUUUAUCGAAACUAUUAAGAUUUACAGAGUAGCCUUUGUGCGUACAUCUAUCCCUCCUAUUUGAGUCGCAAAUUACUGUCCAAGUUCAAUGGGAGAUAUGGCAGUAAAAUUACAGUGUACGA